CAGGAGCGUGGCAGUGUUGGCGCCGACACCAUAACGCUCGGCCGUUGGUCGGGGUAACGCAUCAGUUAUGACCCAUACUAUAUACCCUUUCCCCUCACACAGCAGGCAAAGGAGAUGUUACACAAGCUGAAAGAAACACUGCAAUAGCUAACUAACACAAGAGACUCAAGGGCACGUGCUGCUUGAUUAACAACUCCAAGAGACAAAGCAAAACAGCGGGGACUGCCUCGCCUGGUGCGGUGUGGGCAUGGGAGGGUUCUGGGUGACGCAGCUGACAGUAGUGCUGGCGCUGCUGCCGGGACACUUAUUCACCAAGAUCGGUAAGUCAUGUCCUUGCCAAAAGUCCAGCGUCUACCCCAUGGUUGACGAUUCCUCUCAUACUAACACGGAAAGAACCAUUUUAUGCUGUAAAGACAUGCUAUUGGGCUACAAAGAUCCUGGAGCUUCCAUUCAAUGGUCAUUCAACGGUGAAGCUUUCUCAGAAAGAUGGCCCAGCUCAUUCACACCUGGCUAUUGCGACGAGACGCUCACUACCACAUCCGCAAAACUCAGUGAUAGCGGGAUCUACGGUUGCACAAUCACUGCCUCCAACGGCACUGUCAAAACCUUCAAAAUGUCUCUAUCUGUGGAACGCAACAUCAAUCAUCGUACGAAGCCGGAAUCGAUCAAGGGCUCCCCAAGCACCGUCGCUCAGUUAGAAGACAGAAUCACCUUGACCUGCGAAAGUUACGUAGGAACAAAUGAUACAAACAGAUACGGUGUAUUGAUGAAAUGGCGUAAAUAUUUACCGAACAACAACACUCAUACAUUCGUGGAAAGUCUUCCUAAUGUGACCAGGAUACGAAUCAACAACUCCAGCAAAGCAUCGUGGGGCAUACUGAAAGAAGAACUGGUUAUCUCAUCAGUUCAAGAAAUACAUUUCGGCCGUUAUGUGUGUACAGUGGCAAACAAUUUUGAUUCUCUCUCCUUCAACAUUACUUUAACAGAAGGAAUUCCAAAAGAGCAGGAAAAGAUACAGAAAUACAAGGCAACAGUGGCGGUGGUGGCAGGUCUACUGGGAGUGGUGUUGAUGCUGCUGUUAGGCUGGUGGCGCUGUGGUCGCCAAAUCUCCCUGUACUGCCGCAGAAGAUCAUUUUCCUCAGAGGACCACCAGUACGAUGUGUUCCUGGUUCACGGAGAGUCUGCCUCCCGCUGGGUGUGCUCCUUCCUGCUGCCGGCAUUGGAAGACUCCUUUGGCUACACGUGUUUCCUGCCACAACGGGACAUGUGCGGCGGUGAGAUGGUGGCAGAAUCCAUACUCGAGGCUCUGGGAAAGUGCCGUCGAGUUGUGGUGGUGAUGACACCGUGCCUACUUGACAGUCCCUGGGCCACUUGGGCCACCUGUAGCGGCAUCCAGACAGCCCUCACGUCCAGGGCACGCAUUCUUGCUCUUGUUCUCAAGGAGCAGAGCAUGAAGAGCGACUCUCUGCACCCAAACCCUUUCCUGAGCGUUCUGAAGGUGGUUAAGAAGAUUAAGUUGCCAGGGGAGUUUGCGAGGGACUUACGAGAACAGAGUCCGCCGCAUGAACCAUCUGAUAUACCUAUGCAAGAGAGCAACGACCAGAAGACGGAACUAAAAUUGAUAAUUCCUGAAAUAAAUGUCUGCAACAGCUCAUCCAACUCUCUAUCGAAAAGUCAAAGGUUGUCAAAUAUGAUCAGCGGGAGUAAUGCUGCCUCGAGGGAAGACCUAGAAUGCACAAAGAACAAACCGACAGUAGUUGGCUCUCCUGUUGUGUUUACGCUUGAUGAUCAGGAACCGCAAGAUCCUAGUUCCCCAAACUCAGUGACACCAUUCAUCUUUUCGUCCCAUCCCAAGUCUCAUAGACGUUCUGACGGCUCGAUGUGGGAGUCUGUUAGCUGGUGUCUCCAGAUGAUCUGCGUCGGGAAUCCGGAAGAGCAAUUUUGGCAGAAGCUGCGCCUUCACAUUGGUCCCCCUUUGCCUCAGCAGACCCAAGUGCAGUGACAAGUACGAGUAACACGCCCAGCACAACACGGGAGCUUUUACACUCCACGAACUAUGUAUGUGACAUGUUAGGUUAGUAGUUGGGAGGUUAAAUACACAGAUCUAAACCAAUCUAAAUAAUGUUACAUCAAUGACCAAGCCCUAAGAAUAAAUAAUGUGAUGUCUACAACAUCCAUAUUUAUGUAAUGAAAAAAACAAAACCAAACUUUAUUGGAGUAUGGGUUUGAAUAAAUUAAUUAUCAGUUUUCUACAAGGGAUAGAAUACAAGUUAUAUGGAGAUAAUUUGUUAUUUCUCCAGUUAACCAGUAAAAGAAUAUAUAUUUUUUUUUCACAGCCCAAGAUGUUUUUCAGUAUGUUUGAAAGAUAAGGGUUCCACAAUGGCUUGAGGGACGACUUGUUCUUAUAAUUAUCAAGUGACAUAAUUCUUUCAUUUAAUGGGCGUUGAUUUAGUUAGUGUCAAUGAUUGGAAAAGACUUUAUAUAUAUAUAUAUAUAUAUAUAUAUAUAUAUAUAUAUAUAUAUAUAUAUAUAUAUAUAUAUAUAUAUAUAUAUAUAUAUAUAUUCUUUUGUGUUACCGAAUGACAAUAUGUAUGAGGCAAUUAUACUGAAAAUGUUGAAAUACUCUAAUUUGGGUUACUACAUUCAUUUAAAUAUACGCAUUACUUUCUAAGUAUUGGUGAUACGGAGCAUUCUUCCCAUGAAUAAUUAUGUUAUGAUUACGAGGAUAUAUUGUGCGUCAUUCUUAAAUAAUGAAUUAUCUGUAGGUGUGUUUUCUGAAACUUAUCUUAGGUACUUUAAAAAGUAUUAACAAAAUGGAUGUGUUCAGCAUAAUGGUAUAUAUUUGUGUUAUAUUAAAUGAUUAAUUAAGUAGGUACCUGAAUGGAAGUCGCCAGGGUGACUUCUGCCUGCCAUGUGUAUGGAGCACUUUCACAGUGUGCUGUUACAGAAAAAUGAUCUGUUGAAUUAGACUUUACUAUAAGGUAUGUAGGUGUAAACGUACAAGUGGGCUUGUGAUAGUUAUGGCUUGCAUGUCCACGACGUUUUCCUCAAAUCCUCAACAUGGAGAAUUUUCUCAGAAUACUGUCGUUCAUUACAUACGCACAUACACACGCAUUCAGAAACACAAGCGCAACCACACACACACACACACACACACACACACACACACACACACACACACACACACACACACAGUAAUAUUUCAACCAUAAAUGCUGUAUAUAACAAGAAGUAAUUAAGUGAAUUUUACAUAAAUUGUUUUGAACUUGACUUUAUUCUGAGAAGCGUGACUCUCCUUCUUUCUCUUUGAAAUGUAUAUACAGAUAUCAGCUAAGGGUGCUGCCGUGAUACAGUGAUAGCACGGCCAGUUGAGGAGGCAAUGGAUUUUCAAGCACAUAGGUUCGAGUCUUAGCCACAGUUUUAUGUUAAGAAUUGCAACCAUUCAGAGUAACGGUUCCCAAAUGCCAUUAUAAAAUUCUUCCAUUGCAACCCAUGGACGGUCCUAGCUUGGCUACAAUAGGGAAAUCUGGAUGUGAAAAAAUCUAUAAGAAUAUUACAUUUAAAUAUAUAUAUUUUUAUAUAAAUAGAUUAUUUUGUUACGGUUUCUGAAUUUAUGUGCCACUCUCACUGUUACUUAUGAGAUUCCGCAACGGUACAAAUCUUCAUUAUAUCUAACACUGCCAAUUUUGUCAAGUACCACCAAAUAAAUGCAAGAUUACCA